AUGGCCAAAUGUGUUUUCUUUGAAUUAAUGAUUCGCAGAAUUUCUGCUGUUCUUAGGCAAUUCUACUGUGAUUACUGUGAUGUCUAUUUAACUCAUGAUUCUACUAUUGAAUUCUUAGAGGACAUUCCUCUUCCUCUCGUCCAAGAUUGCUCCCAAUUGGCUAAAGUAAACAGUAUUCGAGGGAGCAAGUUGACGUCUACAUCUGUAGUGUACACCAAGUGGUCUAAUCUACUGAAAACCUCAAAAAUGGAGGCGGGAGAAGUUGCCUACCACGACCCAUCGAUGCUGUGCCACAUCGAUGUUUCACGUGAUAACCAGACCAUCAGAAGACUCUAUAAAAGUCGAAAGUCUGUUAAAAUGACGGAAAUGAUAAAAUGGAGUGAAGAAAAGAACGAGGAGAGACAUAAACUUGCUCGUGCUGCCGAGCUGAGGAGGAGAGAAGAGGAGAAGGUCAAGAUUCGAGAGGCGAGACUGAGAAGUGACAUUGAGUUGCUGGGAAGCUGUUUUAUUUCUAUAGAUCGUACAAGUCCGUGA